AUGCAUUAUGUGGUUCUGGAACUAGAGGUUGAACAUAAAAUCGAGACACCUAAAGAUCACUCGAGGGUAUCUAAGAUUUUGUAUCAAAUAGUCAAUGAGAACGGUCUAUUAUGUGUAUUUCCUGAGGAAGGAUCAACUGUAGUACCUUCGAUAACGAUAGAUAAUGAGGCAAAUGCUUUCCAGGAUGCCAUAAAAGAGCUAGAUAUCAAUAUUAAUCGCGUGGUAAAAGAUGAUACUUUUGUGCUGUGUUCAUUAUUUUCAACUUGGCAUAUCAGAGUUACUAUCCAACGUGAAGCUCGUGAUUUGGGUUAUCAAUUACCUACAUAUUUAGGCCACCCAGUGAUAUUUGACCUGAAGAAAGAAUAUUUAAGAUGGAUUCAAAAUCAUAAGAAUUUACUAAUAAAAGAAGAAGAUAAUCGUACAUCCGAAACCGGUGAGGACGAAGAAAUUACCGAUAAGGUUGAUAAAGAGGAUGACGGCGAAAAAGAAGAGAGUGAUAACGAAGAAAAUAAUACCCGUGUUGAUACUCAGAUCCAUGACAGUUCUAUCAAGAACUCAGACGAACUAAUGUCGCAAAUAUUGCAAGUAAUGGAUAUCACACACCCAGAAGAUUUACCGAUGAUGGUAAAUAUAAGCAUUAGCACAGAACUUUUAAUCAAAUUAUAUGCACAAUGUGAGUGCGAAAUAGAUGAAAAAGGUGUCCUGACACAGCCCUAUGAUUCUUUGUCAGAUUAUAAUGCAUUCCUGGAUAGAGAAUCAACCACUUUGUAUAUAAACAAUCUACCGCAAGAUACUACUCAAAGUGAACUAGAGUCCUGGUUUUCUCAAUUUGGUUCUAGACCAAUUGGAUUUUGGACGAUCAAGAAAACUACAAGAUCCGAUGAGAACACUGGUUCCCAGAUGAUUUUAAAUAACUGCCCAUAUGUUGAAGAACCUGAUAGUAUAUCAGGAUUUAUUAUUUUUCAAACUAAUCAGGAAGCAAAAGAGGCAUUACUAUUAAAUGGCCGAUCCGUACUUUCCAAUGUAGCUAAUAUCAAACAACCAAGGGUUGUCGAACAUGUUGUAGAGAUUGAACCUUCAUGUAGUAGCGUGCUGGAAAAGGCUCAUGGUGUGUUGGCAUCAUUCCCACAGAGUAAAAAUAAACCAAGGCCUGGUGAUUGGACUUGUCCAUCAUGUGGUUUCUCGAAUUUCCAACGUCGGACAGCGUGCUUCCGUUGUACCUUCCCAAUUCCGUUGAAUCUUGUGGCGACCAAAUCACAUUAUAACAUUGAAAAGACGGGUGGAAAUAGUAAUAAUAGCAAUAGUAAUAAUAACAAUACCAGUAGUGGGGCAACUACAGCAAACAUGAAUUCUAAUAACUCCAAUAUAAGAUCUAAUGGUGCUAUGAAUCAUUACAUAAAUCAUAAUGGACAACAACAUGGUAGUAAUGGAUCAAAUGUUCCAUUCCGUGCAGGUGAUUGGAAAUGUACUUCAUGUCAAUAUCACAAUUUUGCUAAGAACGUAAUGUGUUUAAGAUGUAAUAAACCAAAGAUAAGGCAAGCCAAUAGAAAUGGAAUGAAUAGUAAUGGGGUACGUAUGUGGGAAACACAUACGAAUAAUUAUUUAAAUCAAGAACAAAAUCGGUAUAGUAAUAAUUACAAUGGGCGUAGUCGUGAGGACACGAUGAAAUCAGAUAAAUCACGUUAA